ACAUACAAGAAGUUUUUGUUCUAUAUUUCUCAUUACUAAAUAUUCUUAUGGCUAGACAACUCGGAUCCAUUUUUGUUUUUCUUUUUGUAGCCUUAAUCAUGUUUGUAUCGUAUAUACAAGCACGUCCGCUAUCAGUUUUGCAGGGUGGCAUUAACUGCAAUACCGGAAAUGUAGUUUAUGCCAACAAUCUGGCUCUGACAGCAGUAAAGUCAGGACCUAGCCCCAGAGGGAUUGGUCAUCUAUCUAUUAUGACGGAUGUCAUUGGUGGAAAGAAAUCAGGGCCGAGCCGAGGAGGGGUCGGUCACUCCUACGUAAAUGGUAUUGGCGGAAAGAAAUCAGGGCCGAGCCGAAGAGGGGUGGGUCACUUCUACGUGAAUGGUAUUGGUGGAAAGAAGAUCUCUGGUCCAAGCCCUGGAAAAGGUCACUUACGAACAAACAUCCUUCAAACUAUCAUGGCUAGACUAGUACUCAAGUAUUUUCUUCUUUCUCUGCUCCUAAGCUGCAUCAUGUUUGCUUCAUCUCUACAAGCUCGUCAGUUGCAUGUUGUGGAGGAUGGUUUCAACUGUGAUGAAGGAAAUGUGAUUUACGAGUUCACCAACAACCUGGAUCUAGGAGCAAUCAAGAAAUCAGGACCUAGCCCAAGGGGGAUCGGUCAUCUAUCUGUCGAUACCAUUGGUGACAAGAAAUCAGGGCCAAGCCCUGGGAUUGGUCAUUCUUACAUCAAUGAUAUUGGUGGAAGGAAGACCUCUGGUCCAAGCACUGGAAAAGGUCACUAACGGUGAUGUGGAACAUCAAUAAUAAUUUAUCAUUCAUUUAUACCUUUAUCAUUCAUUUAUACCUCAAAAAAAUUACAGUAAUACAGUAGCAUGCAUUCUAUAAAUACAAACCAUUUUUUUAAGAGCACACAUUACGUAAAAAUGUAAAUCACUGACAAAGAAGAGAUAAUGAUACAUACAGAAUACAAAAGUUUAUUUUUCUCACUAUUCCAUUUCUAGCAAUCAAAUCCGAACAUGGUUGGCUCAAAAAUAGCAAAGCACAAUCGAGUUUAACUUAACUACCAAACAUAACCAAAGAGACUCAGGUAGAUACGAACAAAAGGCUCAAAACUAUCCACAGAAAAGGAAAACCAAAAAUGCUGAACCACCCCCUAGCGUUUUGCCACAAGACACCAUGUCAUAUCUUGGUCAUGAACCCUACAGGUCUUACACAUCUACACCUUAAUCAAAGGUGGCUGUAAGGUUUGCAUGCCAAAGGAAACAUACUAUCUAGUAUCCUAGGAGAGCGACACAAGUUGCUCUUGAACCUAGACCCAGGCCUACACAGCAUAUCCCAUAUGUCAAGUGAGUGAACAGAGGUCAAGAUCAUUUAAAGAAGCUAAAGCAGAAAGAAGUACCAAAUUAUUCACACAUAUAUAACUUACGGUUUCUCUAGUUCCCUGACUAUGACUAAGUU